UGGACAAUAUUGUUAUUUCUUCCAGUCUCUUCUCGCGAAUUUGGACUGCAAUGGCGGACGACUGUAUCAAACAUGAGACGGUAUCGCAAACUCUAUCAUUUACUCAGGAAUUUCGACCGUGUAAAAGUGAAAGUGCGCCCUCACUUAAAAAUGAAAGAAUGCUAUGAAGUUUCACAACACAGGAAAGAAGUAGCGUCGAUAGUCGAGGGAUUACGCUUUAUUUGGAGCGCUAACAAGUUCAAAUGCAAUGUGGAUAACAUCUUCACGAACGACGUUUCUUUGAAAGAAUUUCGGGAUCGCUUUGAAAAAGAAACACCAGCUGACAUGCUUAAAGGGAAUCAAAAUGGCUCAUGCUGUGAAGAAGCUAGUGAUUGGCUCAUAAAUAUCUACCCCAGAAUGCAAAGCAACUCCUGGCCCGAGGAAUAUAAACCAUUGGUCACACUUCAAUACCCUGGAGAUGUUAUUUUUGUCCCUGCUGGAUGGUGGCAUGUUGUACUUAAUUUAAGAACCAGUGUAGCAGUGACCCAAAAUUUUGUUAGUAAGGAUAAUUUUACAGUGGCGUGGGAACUUACUUCCAAGGAAAAGCCAGAUCUAGCAUUACUCUGGUCAGAAGCUCUACUGAAGUGUAACCCAGCAAGUGUUACACCAUUCCAAUUGAGUUCAGAUUUGAUAUGAUUCUAAUUGAUGUCAUAUUGCUGUAUGGGAAUUUCGAUAUAUGGGGGAGGGGGGUGUUUUGAGAAGUUCAGGGGUGCACUCCUUAUUUGGUGUUGUCUGUUUCCACAAAUGUGAAGUUGUUAACAAACAUGGAAUCUGUUAGUCCCCUUUAGAAGCUUUUAAUUUCUUCUGAAAUCAUACUAUACUGAAAUGUACAUGCUGCAAGUUAACACAAGAAGGAGUCAAGACUGUUAUAAACAGGAUUAUUAUGUUUUAUAUCCAUGGCAUGAAAAUGGAUUUUCAAUAAAGGCCCAUCGAGUCUCUUA